AUGUACCGCCGACUGCUGACGUCGCACCCGCUACUGACCAAGUCGGUGACGACCGGCGCCAUCUUUGGCGUUGGCGACGUCAUCGCCCAGAGCCUCUUCCGCGACGAGGACGAGGCUUUCUCGGUCACGCGCCUCUGCAUGACGUCGCUGUACGGCCUCGCGUUCCAGGGCCCGCUCCUGCACGUGUGGUUUGGCCGGCUCGAGGCGCUUUGGCCAGUUACGAACGCUGGGAGCAUCGCCAAGAAGAUGCUCGUCCAGCAGUUUGCGUUCGCGCCCAUUAGCAUCAUGGCCUUCAACUCGUACGCCGGGUGCAUCCCGACCCGCCACGAGGCGCGGUCGCUCGAAGACCGGUUUGCGGCCGGCGUCGACAAGGCGCUGGACCGUGCGCCCUCCAUCUGGAUGGCGGGCAACUACUUUUGGAUUCCCAUGAACAUUCUCACGUUUGGCUUCACGCCCUUGCCGCUCCGGCCACUCGUGUCGAGCAGCGGCAACAUUGUAUGGUCGUCGUACCUCAGCUUUCGUGCCAACGAAGCCAACAACGUCGUCGCGCUCUCGCCCGAGUGCACUCCGCUGGCCGUGCCAUAG